AUGACCAAGCUGACAUCUGACAUUUUUUUGUUACAGGAAACCAAGUUAAAUCCAGAGAAAGCACUGGAAUUUAAAAAAAUUUGUUACUUUUGGGAUGGUAUUUUUCAGGAGGCUCAUGGCUUGGCAAGGGGGCUUGGGAUCUUAUGGAACCCCUCUCACAUUGAGAUAAGUUGCUUUGCUUCCUCUGAUUUUUGGAUGGCAUAUUCUAUCAAAUGUAAAAAGUCAAAUAUAUGUUUUUUGUUGUUUAAUAUCUAUGGUCGAGUAAAAACUGAAGAUAAGCGUAAGGUAUGGUCAAAGGUGUCAGAAUUGGCCCUUAGUUUGGAUCUUGGAAAAGUUGUCAUGGUUGGGGAUUUCAACACAAUCUUGUGUGCAGAAGAUAAAUGGGGUGGCUUAAAGCUACCUACGAAGGUGGUGGAAGACUUCAAAGAUUUUGUUACUAUUUGUAAAGUGGCUGAUAUCAUCCCUAAGAAUGGUACUUUUACUUGGAAUAACAGAAGACGUGACUUUGUGAACAUUGCUGAAAGACUAGAUAGGUUCUUCAUUGGGGAAUGGUGGAUGUUAAAUCAUCAUUCAAUUGAUUCUAUUAUCGAACCUCAGUGUGGUUCAGAUCAUUACCUUAUAUCUCUUAACAUUGGGCAAGAUUUGGAGAGGCAUAAAAGUUACUUUAAGUUUCUUAGUAUGUGGUGGUUGGACCCAACACUUCUUAGUCACAUAAAAAAUUGGUGGUGUGAAAGUAAUGUUUUCUCAGGUUCCCCUAGCUUCAAAUUUACCAAAAGACUGCAAUUCAUCAAAAGAAGAUUAAAGGAGUGGAAUAACUCCUCCUUCAAAAAUGUUUUCGCUGAAAAAGCUCGGAUAGAAGGUGAAUUAGAAGUAGUUAACUCAGUCAUAAUGGCCCAUGGCAUGACAAAUGUGGAGUUUGAGGCUGAAAAGUCCCUCAAGGCUCAGUAUUCUGAUAUUCUGCGGAGAGAAGAAUAG